ACGGCGGCGCGGGGCCGAGGCCUCUGGACUCGCCGUUGGAACCAAAGCUGAGACGGUGCUGGGAGGUCCCUCAGAGCCAGGCCAGGGAGGGGACAGUGGCGCGCGCUCCAGGUCGGGGAGCUCCCAGUGCGGGGGCGGCCAGGAACCUCCAGAGCCCUCCUCGGGCCGCUGCGGCGCCCGCGCCCCACUCCUAAAGCCCAGCCGCACACCCUGCGCUCCUCUCCUUCCGCUUCCGGGCCCGCCCGCCCCGCCAUAUUAGGUUCCGGCCCCGCCUCCGCCCCGUCUCAUUGGCUUGGCUCCAAGUCAGCCCGCAGCUCAUUGGCCCAGCCUCCGCGCCCAAUAUUAGACUCCGCCCCCUUCCAGGCUACCUCCUACUGCUCGCCCAAGCCACGCCCUCAUCCCCGACAACGCUCCUAGGCCGCACCCCCUCUGUACAAGCGCCGCCCCCUCUCUCUAAGCUCCUCCCACUUCAGCCUGAGGGGCGUCUCCUCUCGGUCCCUUCGGGGUUCCUAGUCACACACCUACUGCGGGGAGCCCCGUCCUAGGUGCUCUCAAGGCCACGCCCACUGCCUCGCUUCCCACACCCGCUCCCCGCAGGCUCCGCCCCCGCACCCCGCACCCUAGACCGGUUCCCCGCCGCUGUCGCGCCCAGUCUUCACCUGGCACUGGGGCGAGCGCGUCGUGCGUUAGGGCCACCGCCGGCCCCCCGUUUCCGUCCACGCGUCCCCGCACAAGCCCGGCGGCACGGAGCAGCUCGGGGCCAAAGGCGGUGCGCGCGGCGGCCCGGAUCCCGCGUCGCCGUCACCGCCGCCCGCCGCCCCCGACGACGGCAGCGCGGCCGCCGGCCCGCAGCGCGGCGACAUGCCCGAGCUGGUGGUGACGGCGCUGCUGGCGCCGUCGCGCCUCUCGCUCAAGCUGCUGCGCGCCUUCCUGUGGAGCCUCGUGUUCUCCGCCGCGCUGGCCGCCGCCGCCGUCUACGGCUGCGUGGCGCUGGCGCACGUGCUGUGCCGGCCGCGGCGCGGCUGCUGCGGGCGCCCCCGGCGCGCCGCCCCCGCCUGCCUGCACGACCCGGCGCUGGGCGAGCACUGCGUGCUGACCCUCAGGAGCUCCGGGCUUCGCCUGCACUACGUCUCGGCCGGCCGCGGCAACGGGCCGCUGAUGCUAUUCCUGCACGGCUUCCCCGAAAACUGGUUUUCCUGGCGCUACCAGCUCCGGGAGUUCCAGAGCCGCUUCCACGUCGUGGCUGUGGACCUGCGUGGUUACGGGCCCUCGGAUGCGCCCAAGGAUGUGGAUUGUUACACCAUGGAUCUGCUGAUGGCCGACAUCCAAGAUGUCAUCCAGGGCCUGGGUUAUUCCAAAUGUAUCCUCGUGGCCCACGACUGGGGUGCCCUCCUGGCCUGGAAUCUCUCCAUCUACUUCCCGUCCCUGAUCGAAAGGAUGGUGGUGGUCAGCGCGGCCCCCAUGUCCGUGUACCAAGACUACUCCAUGCGCCACAUCGGCCAGUUCUUCCGAUCCAAUUACGUCUUCCUGUUCCAGCUGCCCUGGCUGCCAGAGAAGUUGCUCUCCAUGUCUGAUUUCCAGAUCUUGAAAAGCACCCUCACCCACCACAAGACGGGCAUCCCCCGCCUGACUCCCGCUGAGCUCGAGGCCUUCUUGUAUGAGUUCUCGCAGCCCGGUGGGCUCACAGGACCCAUCAACUACUACCGCAACCUCUUCAGGAACUUCCCCCUGGAGCCCCAGGAGCUGGCCAUGCCCACCCUGCUGCUGUGGGGGGAGAAGGACCCUUACUUCGAGCUGGGGCUGGUGGGAGCCAUCAGCAGCCGCUUUGUGCCGGGGCGGCUGGAGACGCACGUGCUGCGCGGCGCGGGACACUGGAUCCCGCAGAGCCACCCCCAGGAGAUGCACCAGUACAUGUGGGCCUUCCUACAAGACCUGGUGGACCAGUAGCGGCCCUCCUGGGAACUCCAGGCCCUGCCCAGGUGCAUGCACCUGUCGUGGACUGAAUGGACCUGGGCAGCACGCCCCUUCUCCCCGCCCAGGCCCGCACACACACAAGGCAUUGUGGAUGCCCCAAGGCACACCAAGCCCACUGCAUUCACACCCGGCAGGUGUCACGACCCAGUCCCCCACCCCGCCCCUCCCUCCCUCCGAUCCCUGAGGUCCACCCUUCUCCCUGCCAAGGUUGGGGCCCCCAUGGCGCUCAGAGCACAGACCAUCCCUUCCCUCCAUGCUGCUCUGGCCAGUCCGUUAGUUCUCGGCCCCAGCCGGCUCUGGAGAUCCACGCGCGUGAAUUAAUUAAAAUGAAAUACACCUUUAAGAUGCGGUGCAUCUGAGACGCUAGCCACCUCUGAAGUGUUCAGUUGCCAUUUCCUGGUAGAAAGUUCUGUUCGCACUGAUGAUGAGGGUACUCCCAUUCAAAGAGUAGUGUUGGGGGUGCAGAGUGGGUGUCUGAUGUGCAGUGGUUCAGACACUGCCUGGGGUAUCUGCAUGCCAUAUGCGGGUGCCUGGGUCAAGUCCCAGCUACCCUGCCAACCGCAUGGAAGACCCAGAAUUGUGAUCCAGGCGCCUAGCUUUGGCCUGGCCCAGCUUCUGGCUGUUAUAGGCAUUUGGGGAGUGAACCAGCCGAUGGAAGACCUCUCUCUCUCUCUCUCUCUCUCUCUCUCUCUGCCUUUCAAAUCCACUUCGCCAAGGUGGGUGGGUGUGCCAAGUUCUCCAGCCAUGGCUCCACUUCCCCCCCAUCAUGAUCCUGGCCUUUCAGGUCAAGGUCUCUUGCCUUGGGGGUGGGCUGGCCAGUCUCAGGUCCCUGGGAAAACGGCUCUGGACCCUGCUGGGAUACUUCUCCUCCAGCUGCUGGCAUCUUUUUCCAAAUUAGCCUCCACGGUGGGGAGGAGGAGCCCCUCUGGCUCCAGCUUCCAAAUGAAGGUAAUCAGAGCAUCAA